UUUUCCUAUGGCGGACUCCCCAAUGGCGGCCAAGGCGCCUCGUUCCCUAACAGCAUGCAGAGUGGCGCCAUGAUGCAGCCUGGAGCUGCCAUGUCCCAGAGCCAGCUUCACCAAGCACGAGCGCAACUGCAGCAGCAGCAGCAGCAGCAGCAGCAGCAGCAGCACAACCCGUAUUCGAGCGCGCCCUACUCACAGACGCUGCCGUCACCCGCCCACCAGCAGUUCGCCCAGAACCGCCAGACCGCCUCGCCGGCCCUGAGUAACCAAGGCCAGCCGUAUGCCACGCCUCAGCCCCAGCAGUCGCCCACCACUUUGCCGUCAUCCAACGGCCAGCAGCAGCCCAUGAACCUCAACCUCCCCUCGCAAGUCAAGAGCGAGCCUGCGCAGGCGCAGACACCGGUCAAGGCUGUGCCGCUGUCGCCUGUGUCGCCCGUCACGCCAGCGAAAGCCCACGAGCGCGUUUCGGUGCUUCUUGAGAUCAACAGCAUACUCAUCAAUGAGGCCACCACGCUCCAGACCCAAGGCAAGGGAGGCCAGAUAGGCGCGCCCGAGGAGGGCAAACAACAGCCAUCCAAAGAGUACAUCGACUACGUUCGUCGCCUGCAAGCCAACCUCUCUUAUCUCGCUCAAAAUGCCGAGAAGGUACCCAAGCCAGGGCAACCCAUCCAGCCCGGACCUGCGAUCAUGUCUGCACCGGCGAUUCACGAAGAGCUAGGCAAGCUUUACAUCAAGCUUCAAGGACUAUUUCCAGGGUGGAAGGGCGGCCAACCUCCAGCAAGGCAAUCUCCUGGCGGACCACAACGCAUGAACUCGAACACAUCACAACCGCCCAACAGCGCCGGCCUACAGCAGAAUUGGGGCCAGAACCCCAUGCAGAUGCAACAGCAGCAGCAGCAGCAGCCAAAGAUGGAACCUCUGCAGUGAACACGCUUCCCAGGCACACGAAAGCGUCAAUGUAUUACUACACUUCUUGUCGCGGCACACUUGCCAUUUCAUUCUCAAAGGCGGCGCAUUGAAAACUACAUUACAAAAAGAGGGUGGACGGGAGUUCAUCAGUUGGCCAUAUCAACUUGACUUGUCAGGAGUACGGUGUUUAGCAUACAAGGCAGUUCCAGGCUGCUUUCCGGUAUUCAUAGCAGCAGAGCAUAGCGCGCUCGAUAUCUCUGUAAAUUCAAUCGAAAUGUAUGAAUGUACUGUCAAAUCAAAC